AUAUAAGAAAAAUGGGGACGUGUAAAAGUUAACAAGAUCUCCUGGAAACCCAUAGAACACAAGAUAAGAAUAAAGUUUCCAUUAUCAGCAAAAUGAUUAGCAUAUAAUAUCUCUCGAGGUAAGUGAGUGAGAAAAACAUGGGCCUAGGUGAAGAAUAUUUUUGUGUCCAAAAGUAAUCUGAUGUAAGAACAUAUUAUAUUUUCCUAUGGCUCAAAUCUUCCAGUUACAUGGGUUCACCUUGGGAACAGAAUCCUAGGAACCCAGUUUUGUUAGCCCCCAAGAUUGUCGUCAAAGUGGAGAAUGUAAAUCCUGUAAGCUGCAAGUUUUUUAGGAAGAUCAAUAUCACAAGCGCUUGAUUAAUGGCUUCUUCAAUUCCAUUUUGACCCGAGUCCUUCUCACAGUCAACUCCCACUACUCUAAUGGCAGAAUCAGGUCACCAGACACUACAUCUCUUCUUCUUCUUCUCCUUCUUCUUCUCAAUCUAUGGGUCUAGUCAGCCACAAUCUCCUUAUUCCCAAUUCCAGGCUCUUCUGCAAAUACAGCAGAUUCUGAACUACCCACCAGGGCUCAGCAGCUUGAAUGAAGCCAUAGAUUUUUGCAACACCCAGCCAAGCCCAUCUCUAACUGUGGUCUGCUAUGGAGAAAACCUAACCCAGCUGCAUAUUAAUGGUGAAAGUUGGUUCCAUCCCAUGCCUCAGGAUUUCUCCUCUGAUUCUUUAUUCUCUGCUUUAUCUGCCAUCCCAAGCCUCAAAGUCCUGUCCUUGGUUUCUUUAGGGUUAUGGGGGCCUUUGCCCCCUAGCAUUGCCAGAUUAUCUUCCCUGGAAAUCCUUAAUAUAAGCUCAAACCACUUUAGUGGAAGAAUCCCUGAAGAAACCUCCACUUUGAGGAGCCUCCAAACCCUCAUUCUGGAUCACAACAAGUUCACCGGUCAGGUUCCUGGUUGGCUUGGUGAGCUGCAACUUCUGGCUGUUCUGAGUAUGAAAAACAAUUCCCUUUCUGGGUCUUUGCCGUAUGCUUUGACAAAGAUGCAGACUUUGAGGGUUCUUGCUCUUUCCAUGAAUCAGUUGUCUGGAGAGGUGCCUGAUCUCCGGAACUUGACAAACCUUCAAGUUCUUGAUCUAGGGCACAAUAAAUUGGGGCCUCGUUUUCCCAGCCUGCACUCCAGGUUGCUGACUUUAAUCCUCAGAGACAACAGCUUCAACUUGGGCAUUCCACCAGAAUUAAGCUCCUAUUAUCAGCUUCAGACUCUGGAUAUCUCUCUGAAUAAGUUUGUUGGACCAUUUUUGUUGCCAUUGCUGUCGUUGCCUUCCCUUUCCUAUCUGGAUGUUGCUGGGAACAAAUUCACUGGAAUACUUUCAGUAAACACAUCUUGUAACGCUAAACUUGUUUUUGUCGAUUUAUCAUCCAAUCGUUUGACAGGAGAGUUGCCUAGCUGUUUAAGUCCCAGUUCUAACGAAAGGGUCAUCAAGUAUGCUGGUAAUUGUUUGUCACACAGUGGUGAAGAGCAGCACCCGUAUUCGUUUUGCCACAAUGAGGCUCUGGCUGUGAACGUAAUGCCAAGGAAGCAGGAGGGAAAAUCCUCUAGAAGAGGAGUGGUUCUAGUAGCAAGUUUGAUGGGAGGGAUUCUGGGUGGCUUUGCGGUUUGUGGUCUGAUUUUCAUAGCGACUACAAAAUUAUACUUGCGACGAACAGUUAAAGCUCCUCCGGCGAGGCUAAUCCUUGAGAAGGUGACUCCUGCCAACACAAUAAAGAUGCUUUCAGAUGCAAGGUAUAUUUCUGAGACGCGGAAGCUUGGAGCACUUGGCAUCCCUCCUUACAGGACAUUUGCUUUGGACGAGCUUAGGGAAGCGACUAGUAACUUUAAUACAUCAAAUCUCAUUGGGGAAAGAUCGUGGAGUGAGGUUUACGAAGGGAGUCUCACAGAUGGCACUCUUGUUGCUAUUAGAAGCUUGAAAAUGAGAAAGAGACAUGGCAUCCAGUACUAUAGACAACAAAUUGAGUUGAUAUCGAAACUCAGACACCGCCACCUUGUUAGCGCAGUUGGCCACUGCUUUGAGUGCUAUCCAGAUGAUUCUGGGGUCAUCACAAUAUUUUUGGUAUUCGAGUUCGUUCCGAAUGGAACCCUUAGAGGCUGCAUUUCUGAGGGACUUUCAGGACAUAAGUUUAGUUGGACACGAAGGAUAGCAGCUGCUAUUGGAGUUGCAAGGGGUCUCCAGUUUCUGCACACAGGAAUAGUGCCGGGUGUAUAUUCAAACAAUUUGAAGAUAACUGAUAUUCUGCUGGACCACGAUCUCCAUGCAAAAAUAAGCAAUUAUAACCUUCCUUUGUUAGUCGAAGAGAGGAGAACGGAAGGCAAUGGAGCUUCUUCCUCUGAACCAAAAGAGCAGACCAGGGCAACACACCGGGACAAGAAUGAUGUAUAUGACAUGGGAGUAAUUUUACUUGAAAUUAUCGUUGGAAGGGCAAUCAUGUCUCAAAGUGCCGUUGAUUUUGCAAAGGAUCUUUUGCAAGUAAGCUUGACGACAGAUGAAGUAGCUCGGAGAAGCAUUGUCGAUCCAGCAAUCCACAAGGAAUGCUCUGACGACUCGCUAAAGACAUUGAUGGAGAUUUGUGUCAGGUGUUUGUCGAGUGAACCGGCCAAUAGGCCUUCGGUGGAGGAUGUUCUCUGGAACUUGCAAUUUGCAGCUCAGGUUCAGGAAUCAUGGAAGGCAGACUCCAAGAGUAGCAGUCAAGGAUCACCCAUCAUGUCUCCCAUAUGAAACUCCCAUCAUCUUCUUACUUUCUUCUGCAAACCUAACACUUCAUACAUGCAUGUAAACAUACCAAUCAAUGAAGAUGCUUCUACUUGUUCUUUGUAUUCCUAGGUUUAUUUGUCGAUUUGUAAAUAUUCCAAGCUCUCUCUCUCUCUCUCUCUCUCUCUCUCUGCUGCUUGUAGGAGAUGAUAAAGUGAUGGCUGUGGACUGACUUGUCUCUGGGUUGGAAGGAUCUUUGAAUUCCAGGUUUUUUAAGGGCUUA